CCUCUUCCCUCCCUGCCCCUCCCCUCCUCCCCCCCUGCCCUUUGCGUUCCCCUCGUUAUCUCCCUUCUCCACAUCCCUGCUGCCCUCUUGCCACCAUCAGCCCAUCCGCACCACCAGCCCCCCUCCCACCCUUCUCUCCCCCCCUCCCUUUUCCCUCUCUCUCUCUCUCUCUCUCUCUUCUCACACACACACGCACACUCCCCUCCCCCACCCCCCACCCACGUCCUCCCAUUCCGCCCCUCCCUGCCCCUUUCCCCACCGCCCUCGCACGCCCCUCACCUCCCACCUCCGUGCAACUGGUUUCCCCCCUAUGGUGCCUCCCUUGCAAUCGCUCGCCCCUCUGCUCACCCUCUGCCCGCCCCCUUUUCCGUGCCCUCAGCUGGCCCAGCCCCUGCCCGUUGCUGCCCCUCCCCUUGCCCCCUCAACUCCCCUGCCCCCCGUACACCCCAAGUCCAUCCAACCGCCCCCACCCUCCCCCGGCUGCCCGUUUCCGCUCUCCACCCCCGCGACCGUGUGCGCUUCCAACCGCCCAACGGUGGUGCGCACGGGGCGUUUCUUCGCACGGGCAAGCCUCCCCGGGGGGGCCCCCCCCCGCUGAGUCGUUUCACACCCCCUGCCUCCUCAUGCCAUCCGCUCCCCCCCGCCCCCACCCUCCGCGUGCCCGCUCCCUUGCCGCCUCUUUUGACCCUCCCUGCCCCCCUCGCCGUUUCCCACCGCCCGCCAUUCGCUCCUCCCCGCCCGUGCGCUCCCCUCGUUUACCUUCUCCUCCCCCCUCCCCUCCUCUGCUGCACGCCUCUUCCUUCCCCUCGCCGACCCACUCCACUCCCUGCCCCUCCUCAAUCCGCACCCUGCCCCUCGUAUCUCGCCCCCCUAUGCUUGGUUUCUCCCCUCCCUGCCCCUCGCCGCCUUUCUCCGCUCCCCACCUCCCCCCUCUCCCUGCUCCCCCACUCUCCCCCCCUUGCCCUUGGCUUCCUACCUCCCUGCCCCACCUUUCCCCCCUCCGUGUGCUCAGCUUCUCCCCUCCCUGCCCCUCCCUCCUCCCCGCCCUGCCCCUCAUUUUCCGCCCCCCCACGCCCGGUUUCUCCCCUCCCCGCGCCUCCCUUUCUUUCUCCGUGCCUCUCCUUUGCUCCCUCCCUGCCCCCGCCUGCCCAUGCCCCUGUCUUUGGCUUCUCCCCUCCCUGCCCCACGUUUCUUCCCUCCCUGCCCCCCCUCUGCCCCUCCCUUGUUUUCCCCUCACCCAUUGCUUCUCCCCUCCCUGCCCUUGAUUUCCCGCACCCCUGCCCUUGUUUCCUACCAUCCAUGCCCCUCGUUUCCCCCCUUUGUACGUUCAGCCUCUUCCCUCCCUGCCCCUCCCCUCCUCCCCCCCUGCCCUUUGCGUUCCCCUCGUUACGCUCCCUUCUCCCCAUCCCUGCUGCCCUCUUGCCACCAUCAGCCCAUCCGCACCACCAGCCCCCCUCCCACCCUUCUCUCCCCCCCUCCCUUUCCCUCUCUCUCUCUCUCUCUCUCUCUCUCUCUCUCUUUCUCACACACACACGCACACUCCCCUCCCCCACCCCCCACCCACAUCCUCCCAUUCUGCCCCUCCCUGCCCCUUUCCCACGCCCUCGCACGCCCCUCACCUCCCACCUCCGUGCAACUGGUUUCCCCCCUAUGGUGCCUCCCUUGCAUCGCUCGCCCCUCUGCUCACCCUCUGCCCGCCCCUUUUCCGUGCCCUCAGCUGGCCCAGCCCCUGCCCGUUGCUGCCCCUCCCGUUGCCCGCUCAACUCCCCUGCUCCCCGUACACCCCAGUCCCAUCCAACCGCCCCCACCCUCCCCCGGCUGCCCGUUUCCGCUCUCCACCCCCGCGACCGUGUGCGGCUUCCAACCGCCCAACGGUGUCACACCCCCUGCCCCCUCAUGCCAUCCGCUCCCCCCGCCCCCACCCUCCGCGUGCCCGCUCCCUUGCCGCCUCUUUUGACCCUCCCUGCCCCCCUCGCCGUUUCCCACCACCCGCCAUUCGCUCCUCCCCGCCCGUGCGCUCCCCUCGUUUACCUUCUCCUCCCCCCUCCCCUCCUCUGCUGCACGCCUCUUCCUUCCCCUCGCCGACCCACUCCACUCCCUGCCCCUCCUCAAUCCGCACCCUGCCCCUCGUAUCUCGCCCCCCUAUGCUUGGUUUCUCCCCUCCCUGCCCCUCGCCGCCUUUCUCCGCUCCCCACCUCCCCUCUCUCCCUGCCCCUCCACUCUCCCCCCCUUGCCCUUGGCUUCCUACCUCCCUGCCCCACCUUUUCCCCCUCCGUGUGCUCAGCUUCUCCCCUCCCUGCCCCUCCCUCCUCCCUGCCCUGCCCCUCAUUUUCCGCCCCCCCACGCCCGGUUUCUCCCCUCCCCGCGCCUCCCUUUCUUUCUCCGUGCCUCUCCUUUGCUCCCUCCCUGCCCCCGCCUGCCUAUGCCCCUGUCUUUGGCUUCUCCCCUCCCUGCCCCACGUUUCUUCCCUCCCUGCCCCCCCUCUUCCCCUCCCUUGUUUUCCCCUCACCCAUUGCUUCUCCCCUCCCUGCCCUUGAUUUCCCGCACCCCUGCCCUUGUUUCCUACCAUCCAUGCCCCUCGUUUCCCCCCUUUGUACGUUCAGCCUCUUCCCUCCCUGCCCCUCCCCUCCUCCCCCCCUGCCCUUUGCGUUCCCCUCGUUAUGCUCCCUUCUCCCCAUCCCUGCUGCCCUCUUGCCACCAUCAGCCCAUCCGCACCACCAGCCCCCCUCCCACCCUUCUCUCCCCCCCUCCCUUUCCCUCUCUCUCUCUCUCUCUCUCUCUCUUUCUCACACACACACGCACACUCCCCUCCCCCACCCCCCCACCCACGUCCUCCCAUUCCGCCCCUCCCUGCCCCUUUCCCACCCCCUCGCACGCCCCUCAACUCCCACCUCCGUGCAACUGGUUUCCCCCCUAUGGUGCCUCCCUUGCAUCGCUCGCCCCUCUGCUCACCCUCUGCCCGCCCCUUUUCCGUGCCCUCAGCUGGCCCAGCCCCUGCCCGUUGCUGCCCCUCCCCUUGCCCCCUCAACUCCCCUGCCCCCCGUACACCCCAGUCCCAUCCAACCGCCCCCACCCUCCCCCGGCUGCCCGUUUCCGCUCUCCACCCCCGCGACCGUGUGCGGCUUCCAACCGCCCAACGGUGGUGCGCACGGGGCGUUUCUUUGCACGGGCAAGCCUCCCCGGGGGGCCCCCACCCCGCUGAGUCGUUUCACACCCCCUGCCUCCUCAUGCCAUCCGCUCCCCCCCGCCCCCACCCUCCGCGUGCCCGCUCCCUUGCCGCCUCUUUUGACCCUCCCUGCCCCCCUCGCCGUUUCCCACCGCCCGCCAUUCGCUCCUCCCCGCCCGUGCGCUCCCCUCGUUUACCUUCUCCUCCCCCCUCCCCUCCUCUGCUGCACGCCUCUUCCUUCCCCUCGCCGACCCACUCCACUCCCUGCCCCUCCUCAAUCCGCACCCUGCCCCUCGUAUCUCGCCCCCCUAUGCUUGGUUUCUCCCCUCCCUGCCCCUCGCCGCCUUUCUCCGCUCCCCACCUCCCCCCUCUCCCUGCUCCCCCACUCUCCCCCCCUUGCCCUUGGCUUCCUACCUCCCUGCCCCACCUUUCCCCCCUCCGUGUGCUCAGCUUCUCCCCUCCCUGCCCCUCCCUCCUCCCCGCCCUGCCCCUCAUUUUCCGCCCCCCCACGCCCGGUUUCUCCCCUCCCCGCGCCUCCCUUUCUUUCUCCGUGCCUCUCCUUUGCUCCCUCCCUGCCCCCGCCUGCCCAUGCCCCUGUCUUUGGCUUCUCCCCUCCCUGCCCCACGUUUCUUCCCUCCCUGCCCCCCCUCUGCCCCUCCCUUGUUUUCCCCUCACCCAUUGCUUCUCCCCUCCCUGCCCUUGAUUUCCCGCACCCCUGCCCUUGUUUCCUACCAUCCAUGCCCCUCGUUUCCCCCCUUUGUACGUUCAGCCUCUUCCCUCCCUGCCCCUCCCCUCCUCCCCCCCUGCCCUUUGCGUUCCCCUCGUUAUGCUCCCUUCUCCCCAUCCCUGCUGCCCUCUUGCCACCAUCAGCCCAUCCGCACCACCAGCCCCCCUCCCACCCUUCUCUCCCCCCCUCCCUUUCCCUCUCUCUCUCUCUCUCUCUCUUUCUCACACACACACGCACACUCCCCUCCCCCACCCCCCACCCACGUCCUCCCAUUCCGCCCCUCCCUGCCCCUUUCCCACCCCCUCGCACGCCCCUCACCUCCCACCUCCGUGCAACUGGUUUCCCCCCUAUGGUGCCUCCCUUGCAUCGCUCGCCCCUCUGCUCACCCUCUGCCCGCCCCUUUUCCGUGCCCUCAGCUGGCCCAGCCCCUGCCCGUUGCUGCCCCUCCCCUUGCCCCCUCAACUCCCCUGCCCCCCGUACACCCCAGUCCCAUCCAACCGCCCCCACCCUCCCCCGGCUGCCCGUUUCCGCUCUCCACCCCCGCGACCUCACACCCCCUGCCUCCUCAUGCCAUCCGCUCCCCCCCGCCCCCACCCUCCGCGUGCCCGCUCCCUUGCCGCCUCUUUUGACCCUCCCUGCCCCCCUCGCCGUUUCCCACCGCCCGCCAUUCGCUCCUCCCCGCCCGUGCGCUCCCCUCGUUUACCUUCUCCUCCCCCCUCCCCUCCUCUGCUGCACGCCUCUUCCUUCCCCUCGCCGACCCACUCCACUCCCUGCCCCUCCUCAAUCCGCACCCUGCCCCUCGUAUCUCGCCCCCCUAUGCUUGGUUUCUCCCCUCCCUGCCCCUCGCCGCCUUUCUCCGCUCCCCACCUCCCCCCUCUCCCUGCUCCCCCACUCUCCCCCCCUUGCCCUUGGCUUCCUACCUCCCUGCCCCACCUUUCCCCCCUCCGUGUGCUCAGCUUCUCCCCUCCCUGCCCCUCCCUCCUCCCCGCCCUGCCCCUCAUUUUCCGCCCCCCCACGCCCGGUUUCUCCCCUCCCCGCGCCUCCCUUUCUUUCUCCGUGCCUCUCCUUUGCUCCCUCCCUGCCCCCGCCUGCCCAUGCCCCUGUCUUUGGCUUCUCCCCUCCCUGCCCCACGUUUCUUCCCUCCCUGCCCCCCCUCUGCCCCUCCCUUGUUUUCCCCUCACCCAUUGCUUCUCCCCUCCCUGCCCUUGAUUUCCCGCACCCCUGCCCUUGUUUCCUACCAUCCAUGCCCCUCGUUUCCCCCCUUUGUACGUUCAGCCUCUUCCCUCCCUGCCCCUCCCCUCCUCCCCCCCUGCCCUUUGCGUUCCCCUCGUUACGCUCCCUUCUCCCCAUCCCUGCUGCCCUCUUGCCACCAUCAGCCCAUCCGCACCACCAGCCCCCCUCCCACCCUUCUCUCCCCCCCUCCCUUUCCCUCUCUCUCUCUCUCUCUCUCUCUCUCUCUCUCUCUUUCUCACACACACACGCACACUCCCCUCCCCCACCCCCCACCCACAUCCUCCCAUUCUGCCCCUCCCUGCCCCUUUCCCACGCCCUCGCACGCCCCUCACCUCCCACCUCCGUGCAACUGGUUUCCCCCCUAUGGUGCCUCCCUUGCAUCGCUCGCCCCUCUGCUCACCCUCUGCCCGCCCCUUUUCCGUGCCCUCAGCUGGCCCAGCCCCUGCCCGUUGCUGCCCCUCCCGUUGCCCGCUCAACUCCCCUGCUCCCCGUACACCCCAGUCCCAUCCAACCGCCCCCACCCUCCCCCGGCUGCCCGUUUCCGCUCUCCACCCCCGCGACCGUGUGCGGCUUCCAACCGCCCAACGGUGGUGCGCACGGGGCGUUUCUUCGCACGGGCAAGCCUCCCCGGGGGGCCCCCACCCCGCUGAGUCGUUGUUCGGGUCACACCCCCUGCCCCCUCAUGCCAUCCGCUCCCCCCGCCCCCACCCUCCGCGUGCCCGCUCCCUUGCCGCCUCUUUUGACCCUCCCUGCCCCCCUCGCCGUUUCCCACCACCCGCCAUUCGCUCCUCCCCGCCCGUGCGCUCCCCUCGUUUACCUUCUCCUCCCCCCUCCCCUCCUCUGCUGCACGCCUCUUCCUUCCCCUCGCCGACCCACUCCACUCCCUGCCCCUCCUCAAUCCGCACCCUGCCCCUCGUAUCUCGCCCCCCUAUGCUUGGUUUCUCCCCUCCCUGCCCCUCGCCGCCUUUCUCCGCUCCCCACCUCCCCUCUCUCCCUGCCCCUCCACUCUCCCCCCCUUGCCCUUGGCUUCCUACCUCCCUGCCCCACCUUUUCCCCCUCCGUGUGCUCAGCUUCUCCCCUCCCUGCCCCUCCCUCCUCCCUGCCCUGCCCCUCAUUUUCCGCCCCCCCACGCCCGGUUUCUCCCCUCCCCGCGCCUCCCUUUCUUUCUCCGUGCCUCUCCUUUGCUCCCUCCCUGCCCCCGCCUGCCUAUGCCCCUGUCUUUGGCUUCUCCCCUCCCUGCCCCACGUUUCUUCCCUCCCUGCCCCCCCUCUUCCCCUCCCUUGUUUUCCCCUCACCCAUUGCUUCUCCCCUCCCUGCCCUUGAUUUCCCGCACCCCUGCCCUUGUUUCCUACCAUCCAUGCCCCUCGUUUCCCCCCUUUGUACGUUCAGCCUCUUCCCUCCCUGCCCCUCCCCUCCUCCCCCCCUGCCCUUUGCGUUCCCCUCGUUACGCUCCCUUCUCCCCAUCCCUGCUGCCCUCUUGCCACCAUCAGCCCAUCCGCACCACCAGCCCCCCUCCCACCCUUCUCUCCCCCCCUCCCUUUCCCUCUCUCUCUCUCUCUCUCUCUCUCUCUCUCUCUUUCUCACACACACACGCACACUCCCCUCCCCCACCCCCCACCCACGUCCUCCCAUUCCGCCCCUCCCUGCCCCUUUCCCACCCCCUCGCACGCCCCUCACCUCCCACCUCCGUGCAACUGGUUUCCCCCCUAUGGUGCCUCCCUUGCAUCGCUCGCCCCUCUGCUCACCCUCUGCCCGCCCCUUUUCCGUGCCCUCAGCUGGCCCAGCCCCUGCCCGUUGCUGCCCCUCCCCUUGCCCCCUCAACUCCCCUGCCCCCCGUACACCCCAGUCCCAUCCAACCGCCCCCACCCUCCCCCGGCUGCCCGUUUCCGCUCUCCACCCCCGCGACCUCACACCCCCUGCCUCCUCAUGCCAUCCGCUCCCCCCCGCCCCCACCCUCCGCGUGCCCGCUCCCUUGCCGCCUCUUUUGACCCUCCCUGCCCCCCUCGCCGUUUCCCACCGCCCGCCAUUCGCUCCUCCCCGCCCGUGCGCUCCCCUCGUUUACCUUCUCCUCCCCCCUCCCCUCCUCUGCUGCACGCCUCUUCCUUCCCCUCGCCGACCCACUCCACUCCCUGCCCCUCCUCAAUCCGCACCCUGCCCCUCGUAUCUCGCCCCCCUAUGCUUGGUUUCUCCCCUCCCUGCCCCUCGCCGCCUUUCUCCGCUCCCCACCUCCCCCCUCUCCCUGCUCCCCCACUCUCCCCCCCUUGCCCUUGGCUUCCUACCUCCCUGCCCCACCUUUCCCCCCUCCGUGUGCUCAGCUUCUCCCCUCCCUGCCCCUCCCUCCUCCCCGCCCUGCCCCUCAUUUUCCGCCCCCCCACGCCCGGUUUCUCCCCUCCCCGCGCCUCCCUUUCUUUCUCCGUGCCUCUCCUUUGCUCCCUCCCUGCCCCCGCCUGCCCAUGCCCCUGUCUUUGGCUUCUCCCCUCCCUGCCCCACGUUUCUUCCCUCCCUGCCCCCCCUCUGCCCCUCCCUUGUUUUCCCCUCACCCAUUGCUUCUCCCCUCCCUGCCCUUGAUUUCCCGCACCCCUGCCCUUGUUUCCUACCAUCCAUGCCCCUCGUUUCCCCCCUUUGUACGUUCAGCCUCUUCCCUCCCUGCCCCUCCCCUCCUCCCCCCCUGCCCUUUGCGUUCCCCUCGUUACGCUCCCUUCUCCCCAUCCCUGCUGCCCUCUUGCCACCAUCAGCCCAUCCGCACCACCAGCCCCCCUCCCACCCUUCUCUCCCCCCCUCCCUUUCCCUCUCUCUCUCUCUCUCUCUCUCUCUCUCUUUCUCACACACACACGCACACUCCCCUCCCCCACCCCCCACCCACGUCCUCCCAUUCCGCCCCUCCCUGCCCCUUUCCCACCCCCUCGCACGCCCCUCACCUCCCACCUCCGUGCAACUGGUUUCCCCCCUAUGGUGCCUCCCUUGCAUCGCUCGCCCCUCUGCUCACCCUCUGCCCGCCCCUUUUCCGUGCCCUCAGCUGGCCCAGCCCCUGCCCGUUGCUGCCCCUCCCCUUGCCCCCUCAACUCCCCUGCCCCCCGUACACCCCAGUCCCAUCCAACCGCCCCCACCCUCCCCCGGCUGCCCGUUUCCGCUCUCCACCCCCGCGACCGUGUGCGGCUUCCAACCGCCCAACGGUGGUGCGCACGGGGCGUUUCUUCGCACGGGCAAGCCUCCCCGGGGGGCCCCCACCCCGCUGAGUCGUUUCACACCCCCUGCCUCCUCAUGCCAUCCGCUCCCCCCCGCCCCCACCCUCCGCGUGCCCGCUCCCUUGCCGCCUCUUUUGACCCUCCCUGCCCCCCUCGCCGUUUCCCACCGCCCGCCAUUCGCUCCUCCCCGCCCGUGCGCUCCCCUCGUUUACCUUCUCCUCCCCCCUCCCCUCCUCUGCUGCACGCCUCUUCCUUCCCCUCGCCGACCCACUCCACUCCCUGCCCCUCCUCAAUCCGCACCCUGCCCCUCGUAUCUCGCCCCCCUAUGCUUGGUUUCUCCCCUCCCUGCCCCUCGCCGCCUUUCUCCGCUCCCCACCUCCCCCCUCUCCCUGCUCCCCCACUCUCCCCCCCUUGCCCUUGGCUUCCUACCUCCCUGCCCCACCUUUCCCCCCUCCGUGUGCUCAGCUUCUCCCCUCCCUGCCCCUCCCUCCUCCCCGCCCUGCCCCUCAUUUUCCGCCCCCCCACGCCCGGUUUCUCCCCUCCCCGCGCCUCCCUUUCUUUCUCCGUGCCUCUCCUUUGCUCCCUCCCUGCCCCCGCCUGCCCAUGCCCCUGUCUUUGGCUUCUCCCCUCCCUGCCCCACGUUUCUUCCCUCCCUGCCCCCCCUCUGCCCCUCCCUUGUUUUCCCCUCACCCAUUGCUUCUCCCCUCCCUGCCCUUGAUUUCCCGCACCCCUGCCCUUGUUUCCUACCAUCCAUGCCCCUCGUUUCCCCCCUUUGUACGUUCAGCCUCUUCCCUCCCUGCCCCUCCCCUCCUCCCCCCCUGCCCUUUGCGUUCCCCUCGUUACGCUCCCUUCUCCCCAUCCCUGCUGCCCUCUUGCCACCAUCAGCCCAUCCGCACCACCAGCCCCCCUCCCACCCUUCUCUCCCCCCCUCCCUUUCCCUCUCUCUCUCUCUCUCUCUCUCUCUCUCUCUCUUUCUCACACACACACGCACACUCCCCUCCCCCACCCCCCACCCACGUCCUCCCAUUCCGCCCCUCCCUGCCCCUUUCCCACCCCCUCGCACGCCCCUCACCUCCCACCUCCGUGCAACUGGUUUCCCCCCUAUGGUGCCUCCCUUGCAUCGCUCGCCCCUCUGCUCACCCUCUGCCCGCCCCUUUUCCGUGCCCUCAGCUGGCCCAGCCCCUGCCCGUUGCUGCCCCUCCCCUUGCCCCCUCAACUCCCCUGCCCCCCGUACACCCCAGUCCCAUCCAACCGCCCCCACCCUCCCCCGGCUGCCCGUUUCCGCUCUCCACCCCCGCGACCGUGUGCGGCUUCCAACCGCCCAACGGUGUCACACCCCCUGCCUCCUCAUGCCAUCCGCUCCCCCCCGCCCCCACCCUCCGCGUGCCCGCUCCCUUGCCGCCUCUUUUGACCCUCCCUGCCCCCCUCGCCGUUUCCCACCGCCCGCCAUUCGCUCCUCCCCGCCCGUGCGCUCCCCUCGUUUACCUUCUCCUCCCCCCUCCCCUCCUCUGCUGCACGCCUCUUCCUUCCCCUCGCCGACCCACUCCACUCCCUGCCCCUCCUCAAUCCGCACCCUGCCCCUCGUAUCUCGCCCCCCUAUGCUUGGUUUCUCCCCUCCCUGCCCCUCGCCGCCUUUCUCCGCUCCCCACCUCCCCCCUCUCCCUGCUCCCCCACUCUCCCCCCCUUGCCCUUGGCUUCCUACCUCCCUGCCCCACCUUUCCCCCUCCGUGUGCUCAGCUUCUCCCCUCCCUGCCCCUCCCUCCUCCCCGCCCUGCCCCUCAUUUUCCGCCCCCCCACGCCCGGUUUCUCCCCUCCCCGCGCCUCCCUUUCUUUCUCCGUGCCUCUCCUUUGCUCCCUCCCUGCCCCCGCCUGCCCAUGCCCCUGUCUUUGGCUUCUCCCCUCCCUGCCCCACGUUUCUUCCCUCCCUGCCCCCCCUCUGCCCCUCCCUUGUUUUCCCCUCACCCAUUGCUUCUCCCCUCCCUGCCCUUGAUUUCCCGCACCCCUGCCCUUGUUUCCUACCAUCCAUGCCCCUCGUUUCCCCCCUUUGUACGUUCAGCCUCUUCCCUCCCUGCCCCUCCCCUCCUCCCCCCCUGCCCUUUGCGUUCCCCUCGUUACGCUCCCUUCUCCCCAUCCCUGCUGCCCUCUUGCCACCAUCAGCCCAUCCGCACCACCAGCCCCCCUCCCACCCUUCUCUCCCCCCCUCCCUUUCCCUCUCUCUCUCUCUCUCUCUCUCUCUCUCUCUUUCUCACACACACACGCACACUCCCCUCCCCCACCCCCCACCCACGUCCUCCCAUUCCGCCCCUCCCUGCCCCUUUCCCACCCCCUCGCACGCCCCUCACCUCCCACCUCCGUGCAACUGGUUUCCCCCCUAUGGUGCCUCCCUUGCAUCGCUCGCCCCUCUGCUCACCCUCUGCCCGCCCCUUUUCCGUGCCCUCAGCUGGCCCAGCCCCUGCCCGUUGCUGCCCCUCCCCUUGCCCCCUCAACUCCCCUGCCCCCCGUACACCCCAGUCCCAUCCAACCGCCCCCACCCUCCCCCGGCUGCCCGUUUCCGCUCUCCACCCCCGCGACCGUUCACACCCCCUGCCUCCUCAUGCCAUCCGCUCCCCCCCGCCCCCACCCUCCGCGUGCCCGCUCCCUUGCCGCCUCUUUUGACCCUCCCUGCCCCCCUCGCCGUUUCCCACCGCCCGCCAUUCGCUCCUCCCCGCCCGUGCGCUCCCCUCGUUUACCUUCUCCUCCCCCCUCCCCUCCUCUGCUGCACGCCUCUUCCUUCCCCUCGCCGACCCACUCCACUCCCUGCCCCUCCUCAAUCCGCACCCUGCCCCUCGUAUCUCGCCCCCCUAUGCUUGGUUUCUCCCCUCCCUGCCCCUCGCCGCCUUUCUCCGCUCCCCACCUCCCCCCUCUCCCUGCUCCCCCACUCUCCCCCCCUUGCCCUUGGCUUCCUACCUCCCUGCCCCACCUUUCCCCCCUCCGUGUGCUCAGCUUCUCCCCUCCCUGCCCCUCCCUCCUCCCCGCCCUGCCCCUCAUUUUCCGCCCCCCCACGCCCGGUUUCUCCCCUCCCCGCGCCUCCCUUUCUUUCUCCGUGCCUCUCCUUUGCUCCCUCCCUGCCCCCGCCUGCCCAUGCCCCUGUCUUUGGCUUCUCCCCUCCCUGCCCCACGUUUCUUCCCUCCCUGCCCCCCCUCUGCCCCUCCCUUGUUUUCCCCUCACCCAUUGCUUCUCCCCUCCCUGCCCUUGAUUUCCCGCACCCCUGCCCUUGUUUCCUACCAUCCAUGCCCCUCGUUUCCCCCCUUUGUACGUUCAGCCUCUUCCCUCCCUGCCCCUCCCCUCCUCCCCCCCUGCCCUUUGCGUUCCCCUCGUUACGCUCCCUUCUCCCCAUCCCUGCUGCCCUCUUGCCACCAUCAGCCCAUCCGCACCACCAGCCCCCCUCCCACCCUUCUCUCCCCCCCUCCCUUUCCCUCUCUCUCUCUCUCUCUCUCUCUCUCUCUCUUUCUCACACACACACGCACACUCCCCUCCCCCACCCCCCACCCACAUCCUCCCAUUCUGCCCCUCCCUGCCCCUUUCCCACGCCCUCGCACGCCCCUCACCUCCCACCUCCGUGCAACUGGUUUCCCCCCUAUGGUGCCUCCCUUGCAUCGCUCGCCCCUCUGCUCACCCUCUGCCCGCCCCUUUUCCGUGCCCUCAGCUGGCCCAGCCCCUGCCCGUUGCUGCCCCUCCCGUUGCCCGCUCAACUCCCCUGCUCCCCGUACACCCCAGUCCCAUCCAACCGCCCCCACCCUCCCCCGGCUGCCCGUUUCCGCUCUCCACCCCCGCGACCGUGUGCGGCUUCCAACCGCCCAACGGUGGUGCGCACGGGGCGUUUCUUCGCACGGGCAAGCCUCCCCGGGGGGCCCCCACCCCGCUGA